CAUGCGCAGUGUGCAUGCGUGAAUGAGAUGUGAAAAAGAAGUUGCUGCUGCAGUGCUGCUGUAGAAAUUGUACAUUUUUUUUUAUUUUUAAUUGGAUUGAAAAACAUUUCAUCAAAGUACAUCAUGCCAACUUCGGGUGAAGCUCGAAUUCGUCCAACAUCAACUUACAAUCUCAGGUCUCGUCCACUUCCAAGGGCAAAAAAAGCGACAGCUGGUGUCCGGACAACUUCACGCAGCUUGUCCAAAAACAAGGAAAAUGUCAAGCAGCCAGGUGGCAAAGACAAGCAAAGUCGCAUUCCAGUACCGGUUAAAACAACGCCCGCGGCCAAGGCGACCACCCCGGCAGACAGCAAGGCCAGCCCUGCCUGCAGAUCCAAGAGAAGGGUGAGGCCGGUGCCAGACUUCGCCAAGCUGCACAAGUCCUGGCAGUCGUCCUUCAACAAGGGAAAAGCUUGCAGCAAGAAGCAGUGUACACAGAUCCGGGAGUUUGACCUGACAAAGCCAGGCACUGUUUUCCAUGCCCGGUAUCACGAUGGCAAGCAUGUGUCACCCACCAUGGACGAAUGGGACGAAGACAUCUUCCAGUCGGACGACGAAGCCUUGCAGAGCAUUCUCAAUGCCGGCCUGCCUGCUUCUGAAUCCCAGCAGCAAGGCAGGCUGACUGUGGCUGGCUAUGGUGGAUCUGGAUUUACCCAAGCCAAGCCAGGUCGGCAAACCCUGGGCGCCUUGCCGAGCACAUUCCAGGGACGAGCUGACAAUACCCAGAACAUCAAAACCACAGGCAGCCGUCAGGUGGAAGGCCAGGCCAGCAAGCCAGCAUUGCAGAAUGACCCCCUGGAACAGGAACAACACAAAGGCAGGAACCCUUCAUUGGCCGAGCAGCAGCAGGGAAUGGACAUCAAUUUUGAGCCGGAUGCUGGGGCCCUCGCGAGUAUCCUCAACAACACUGGGACCAACUUCCAACGCCAGGCACCAGCAGUGAGGCAGACAAUUGGCACAGCCACAGGGGCAGGCAGAAACCACGAAAGCAUGUAUUGUGGCCGGCAGUCUCAGGGCCCCAUGAGAACUUCAAUCUACUACCAGAGGCCCCGCAACAUGAACUUCAACCGGGUGUACACGGACUUUGCCAACCACAUCUUGUCACGUUUGAGUCUGGCUGAAAACAUGGUACCUUCAAGCAACAGCCAGCCGCUCGAACGGCUGACCAACACAAAAACAACAGUUGUCGCUCGGUCCACCUGCAAGGCUGUCAAUAAGUCACAUGUGAUGAUGUCAGCACCAAGAAGGAUGAGAACUCCCGCAACAGCCAGCCGUAUCCUGAACCCACGCCACCAUGCUGCUCUGAGGGGGCAGGACACGUCUUGUUCCCCGGCCCUCGUGGCACCGCCCUCAGCACUGAAGAAGCCGAAUGCCAACAAGGAGAGCAGAGCCCUGUCAGUGAAAUGGGCAGAUAUACUCAGCCCCCCAGGUAUAAGAACAGCUAGUGUACCUGGCAAGGAUGAAGUGGCAACUGCGCUUUUUGUGGAUGAGGACACUCGGAGUCUGGACCUGUUCAGUGUGAACCAGCCAACCAAUAACGAGGGGCAGCAACAGGGAGCCAACAUCAAGGGCAAACAAGACCAGAUUUUACAACUGCAGCAGCAGGUCGCUGUGCACUGCCAGGAGCUAAAGGAGAUGGAUGAGAUUGAGCAACAGCUUUUGUCAGAGAUUCAGAGGCUCCAGCAAGAUGACUGCCUUCUUUCACCACCAACAGCAGACCCUGAAGAAAGGAAGGAGCAAGAGGCUCGGCAUGAUAGGGCAGUUGAUUCACCGCCUCUCCCAGUGGUACCUUUACAAUGUGACCAACAGUCUCUGCCAGGGAAGGCCCUACUCCAAAGUUCCUCUCAGCCACAGCAGAAACAAUUCUUCCAAAUGCCAGAGCAAGACUCUGCUCCAACUCUGGGCGUGAGCACAGCUCCUGGGAAAGCCACAGAGAGCCUACAGAAGCCAUCAACAAACCACACAGACCAAUUUGGAAAGAAACCAUUUAAUCACAGCCCGGGAAGUCCCUUCAAAAGAAGCCAACUUCCGAGAAAUGUUACCUACAUGUAUGGGCUUUCGCAACCUUCAGCAACGCCAAUGAAAUUCCACUCUGAAUCAAAUUGUAAAAUGUCCAAUGAGAGUACCAGUUGUGAUGCUUCUGAACUGUGGCAUCAGAGUCUCCACAGGCCUCUUGAAACUUUGAACACUCCUGAGAAACCAUUUGUUGAAAUGGCUGAAUGUGACUCUCCAAGCAAGCCAGAAAACAGGAGCAGAACUCCUGAUCUCAGGAUGCCUGAGAUUAAGAUGGAAACACCACAGGAAAUGUUGAACAAGAAUAUGGCAGCAGAAAGAGUAGAAUUCAACCAUCAUGGUUGUUCUGACGAUGUUAACCCGCAGCGAACCAAAACAAGUCUCUCCCAAGCUGCCACCACAAUGUCCUCUGGACAUCUUGGCCAGAAUGCAAGUGACGGUCUUCAUACCUCGCGGAGACCUUUGGGCGCUGCUUCUCGACCUCAGCUGGCUACAGAAACUGAUAUUAGCACAGCCAGUCACUUCAUUCCUAGUGGAACUGGAGAACCAAUCAACAGUUUCUCACAAAAGUUGUCUAUAGAGCACCCUUGCAGCAGACAAGAAAGCCUCCCAAACAGGAUGUGGAAUUCCCAGAAAUUAAUCGUGCCCUCUGGUUCUUCCCAUGACCUCACAAAUGGAUAUCCCCAACCAGAUUCCUUUUGUCGCAUAGCAACCAGUUCUUCCUUCCAUUCAGUACCUACUAACAAUCACGAGAGUCCAGUUCUCGCUGUCAACCAAGCCAGUAUGGGUCUUCACGAGCAUUCGUGUCAGCCAAAUACUGACAGAUCUGGUAAUUCCAAGAUGCCACAGGGAUCUGUCUUCUCCAGCAGUACGACAUCGCUGUUGUCCUCUGGGCAGCCACUCCUUCCAAAUGCCAGGGAGUGGAAUCCACAGCUCGCUGGUGAAAGAGUGUCUGCCCAGAUGUCCUCCACCCCGGCCCACAUCUGCACUCCCCAAGCUGUCAAACCCCAUUCCAUGAUCAAGGAGCUGACCCUCAAACAGUUGCUGCCAUCCGUGAGUGUCCUGGGCAACCAGCCCGCUCUGUACAGUCAAGAUAUCCCGCCCAUUCACACUCCACUUGCAAUGCGAAGCAUGUCUGCCUUGAGUAGAAAUCCGGACCUUGAGGUUUCUCCUGUGCAGUUUGUGUCUCCGAUACCUAUGCGACCUGGCCAAGUACCCCCGAGUGCUGAAGGAAAACCAACCUCGUUCAGUCCUGCCCAGCACCAAACAGCUUUGACAAGCGAUCUGCCGUCUGUCAGCCUUACAGCCACAGUGUCAGAAACUGAGGCCAGGAAUAGCAACCCCCUGCAGCAAGAAUCAGGUCUUGACUAUUAUCCUGCUUCUGCAACCAGAGCAACAAGAGAAACAUCCAACUUUGAGGCAGUUGCAGCUGAUGACAACCUGUCACAGCAGUAUUCAAGCAGAACUGGUAAUCCCACUUCUGCGCCCACUUCAACCCAAACAAAAGCCACGUCCAUGCCUCUAAAAGAGAUAAACUUGCAUAAUACACUGCAUGUUAUUGAUCAAGUUCUUGAAGCCACUACUGUGGGUGAUGCAGGUAAUGAGAAACCUAAGCCAUACUCACAUGGAGAGCCGCAGAGGCCUUGGAGCCAUUUAAAGUUCAAAGGUCAAGGGUCAUUGUCUCUCGGAGCAGAGCUUAUGACAAACAGGGGAGCAGCUGCUUUUUUAAAGAGCAAAAUGAAGCCUCUUUUGUCCGCAACCACAAACCAGCUUUUCCACGAAGCACUCCUGGACGAGGAGUGUGCCCUCUACGCCUGUCGGCUGCCCAGCAAAUUCAACCCCCGGAAUGCCCCCGACCGUCUGUGCCUGGACCCUGUCGCCAAGAUACUAAUGGAUGGGGAUGACAUGCACUUUGUGCCCAUUCACAGCAGAGGCCAGGUGUACUUUUCAUCACCGAUUGGCUCAGCGUUCAACACAUACAUCAGCUCUUCUAACUGAAUGAACAGAAAGUGCGGUCAGUAUGAAGGCCUUUUGUAACCAGAACUAAGCCCCUACCUCCACCUCCUCCCCACAGAAACAGUUGUUGGUCUUAUUACAAUGUAUUACAUGACAUGUUUCAUUACUCUGGUGGAGGACAGACAAAACAAGCACAGUUGAGCCUCGUUAAUAAGAGGUCUUUCUUUUUGUAACAGGACCCUUGUACGUGUAUUAUCAGGAAUGAAAACAAUGAAAAACAAAGGAUUGGGACCUGAAAAUAUCCUUGUUAUAAACAGAAUCUUGUAUAUUACUGCUGUUAUUAACGAGGGUCAACUGUAUCGUUCACUUGUUGAAAUGAUGAAAGAAAUGGAUGGCCCCUACAUUUUCCAGGAUCAAAACCACAUUCAGCACAAGGAACACUUUGAAUUUCAUGUCUUCCACGUUACACAAAGGAAUUGAUAAACAUUUUUUUUUGUACAUCAUGGUAAAAUUUUGAUUAAUUAUUGUACUGAUGUAAAUUUCAUAUCAAUUUGCAUGAAUGCAUAAUAUUCCUGUGGUGAUGGCACUUAGACAUCAAACAGGAAUCGUCUACUUGAUCGUUGAAACAUUGCACUGUACAUUUUACAGGGCGCCUUGACAAGUAAACCAGGAUGACUAGUUGAAUUGCUCAGUAAACUCUAUUAAAAUCUAUAAUUCAAUUGAUACAUUGACUGCCUCAUGUGGCAUCGCAAGGCUCUUAAGAAGAUCUCCAGAUCACCGAGGGAUGUUAGUUUUGCUAUACACCAUGAGGUAAUGCAGUCAGUAUUUGGCCUACAACACCUCUCCCACAGAUUCUGCUUGAAUUAAGCAGCAACUGAGUACAUUUCAUCAAAAUACGCAUUAAAGGCACGUCUACAUGUACAUUGUC